UUGUUCCGAGUGAAAAGUGAGAUAGUGAGGAAAAAGCAACGGGAGGAAGCACCAUGGAGGGAGAAAGCUGGAUGUAUUAGCGAGUUUGUAACUUUAGGGCAGGUUUUCCUCCCUCUUUCUUGCGUUUUUGCGUAAACGAAUUAAAGUAACUCAAUGCGGUGAGAUCCGGUGUGUAUUUUAUGUGCUGGGAAAACGUCGUAAAUCUCCCGAACAUUCAAACGUUCAACUGACCGCGGACGGUUAGCACAGCCCGACUGAAAUUAGCCUCUCUCAGCUAGCAAGAAAGGACAAAAAACAGGCUAGUGGAAAAGAAGUUAAAGCUACAAGUGGCGCUGCGGCGUAAAGUAACUCGUAAUGUUGCCUCCCGGGAUUAACUUCAGAUACGGAUGAGAAAGAAAUUGGAGGCUGGGGAACACCGAGAACAACUGCGAGCCAGACGACCACUGCUAUGUCGGGGUUGAUUCACGGCUCCGGCAGUCCGUCUGAGUCCCGGGGUUGGCCGCACUCGGUGCUGUGGAGGGUUGGGGGCUUCUUCUUCCUCCUGCUGCUGGAAGGGACCGGCUGCCUCGCCAACCCAAGCAGCGUUUCAGGCGUCAACAACAACCAUAGUGUCAACAUCUACAUGAGUGUGGAGGAAGUGAAGAAGCUUUUGGGCCUUGACGCAGAGCUGUACUAUGUGCGAGACGAUGUGGUGAAUCAUUAUGCGCUCACCUUCACCCUUCCUGUGCCCAGUGAGACCAACAGCCUUCACUUCACAUGGCAUUCAAAGACGAAGGUGGAUUACCGGCUUGGCUUCCUUGUGGAGAACCCUGUGGCCAUGAACCAACCACGGAGCAACAUCUCUUCUCAGGGGGAGGUGCCCCGUGUUCCCUCUGUUUUUAGAGUGGACCUCUUCUGUUCUGGCAAGAUAGAUGGAGAGGCUGUUUUGACGGUGCAGCUCAAUCUAACCAUCCAUGCCAACAACUACACAGUGCUCAACUUCAAGAGGAGGAAAAUGUGCUAUAAAAGAAUAGAUACUGACCCAAAGAUUCCCAUUCCCCUCAACAAUCACACUAUUCAACAGCCUGACUUAACUGGUGUGACCACCCCCACCACCUCCACCCAGGUGUUCUAUAUAAGUGUGAGCGUCUGCUGCAUUGUCAUCUUCCUUGUGGCCAUCAUCCUGGCCAUCCUGCACCUGCACAGCAUGAAGAGAGUGGAGAUGGAGGACAGUGUGAGCGACAGUGGAAGCUCACAGGGUCUGUCUCAGCCGUCCACCCAGACCACACAGUACCUGAGGGCUGACACUCCGAACAACGCAGCUCCUGUCACCAACAAUCACCCUGGUUCUGCACCCAUACUCCAGCUUGCUGCCUCCUCCUUCCAAAAUGCUGGUGCUCCCCCUCAUGAAACCAAAAGCUACCCAUCUCUCCGCAUCGAGAAGAAUGACCUGAGGAGUGUUACUCUAAUGGAGGCUAAAGCCAAAGUGAAAGACAUUGCCAUCUCAAGAGAGAGAGUCACAUUGCGAGAUGUCUUGCAUGAAGGCACAUUUGGCCGCAUCUUUCAUGGCGUGCUGCUGGAUGAGAAGGACCCCAGUAAGGAAAAACAAGUCUUUGUGAAGACAGUGAAAGAUCAUGCGUCUGAGGUGCAGGUGACCAUGAUGCUGACUGAAAGUUGCAAGCUUCGUGGACUUCAUCAUAGAAAUUUGCUGCCUAUUAGUCAUGUAUGCACAGAGGAAGGAGAGAAGCCCAUGGUGCUGUUGCCUUUCAUGGCUUGGGGGAAUCUCAAGCUGUUCUUGCGGCAGUGCAAGCUAGCUGAAGCUAACAACCCACAGGCGAUCUCUCAACAAGACUUGGUUUACAUGGCCAUCCAGAUUGCAUGCGGAAUGAGCUACCUGGCUCGCAGGGAGGUCAUACACAAAGACCUCGCGGCCAGGAACUGCGUCAUUGACGACAACAUGCAGGUAAAGAUCACAGACAAUGCUCUUGCCCGAGACCUGUUUCCCAUGGAUUACCACUGUCUGGGGGAUAAUGAGAACCGGCCCGUCCGCUGGAUGGCCCUGGAAAGCCUGCUCAACAACGACUUUUCUAGUGCCAGUGACGUGUGGGCUUUCGGAGUGACGCUGUGGGAACUGAUGACUCUGGGUCAGACGCCAUAUGUCGACAUCGACCCUUUUGAGAUGUCCGCCUACCUGAAGGAUGGGUACAGAAUAGCACAGCCAAUCAACUGUCCAGAUGAACUGUUUGCAGUAAUGGCCUGUUGCUGGGCUCUGGACCCAGAGGAGAGGCCUAAGUUUCAGCAGCUUGUUCAGUGUCUCACAGAGUUCCACGCAGCUUUGGGAGCUUAUGUGUGAAAACAAGCUCUUUUUUUUUUUUUUCUUUUUUCUUUUUUUCCCUCAAGAACAUCAACACUAGAAGCAGGCGGACACUGUUCACAAGGAAUACAUGUAUGAAACUGUGCCUUAUCAGAUGAAAGAGCAGACUUGAGCACGAUGAUUUUAUUUUGUACAGUUGUUUGGAGUUUUUAUAUAGUUGAAUUACCUUUUUACAGCAUAGCAAAGUAAAAUGGUUUGUUGUCAAAGUUGUAUAUGGACUUUUUUGUUAAAUAUUGUUUCAUAUGCUUUGAAAGCGUAUAGAAAUGGCAAUUAAGGUGCUCUCUCUUUGCCAAGAGGACCGAAAUGAUGGAAAUAUGUAGUCACCUGUACAACACAUGAACAUUUACAGACAUUUAUGUGCCAUCGAACAAUUUUUUUUAAAAAGGCUCUGACAACCUGGUUUUAAAGACAGUAUUUUCCUGCAGUUUUGUAACUUAGUGAAACCGUGUAAAUUGUAGUCUUGGAUGAACAGCAGAAUGAUUUAGGUACCAAAGUAGAUUUAAGGGCUUCAUUUGUAUAUGUAACCAUAUUCUCAAACAUGCUGCUUGACUCCAAAAAGCUCAAGCUUGGUACGAGAAGAAAGCAGACGUGUGUUUGUGGAGCGGCAACUGAGAAGCUUUCUUCAAACGGUACUCUGUUUGAUUUGGAUAAGAUUAAUACUUGUACCACAGAUUAGUUUUCUUUUCUCCUGAUCAACUGUGCCAACGCUCGCCGGAGAUGACACAGCGGUGGAUCACACUUAAGCACGCCACAGCUCGUACAAGAUCAGCACCUGCAAAGCUACAGUAAAUAUAUGAACUGAAUUUUUUUUUUUUUUUUUUUUUUUUUUUUAAAUGACAACCGGAGUGAUUUUUGGACCCUGAUCUCAGUUAUUGGAAUGCCACCACCCUCUUCCUCUUUUGUACCUUGUGUUCUCACUAUCACACCCUCCAACCUGGGGUAUCAUGACUUUUUCUAUUUUAUAAGCUUGAUUGUUCUGCGUCAGAACACAACCCUUCACAGGAUUUUUUUUUUUUUUUUUUUAGACAGAUUUUUUGUGAA